AUUCUCUCUCUCUCUCCUCUCUCUUUCUCUCAAGCAUCAACACACGAGACCACGGCUUUUUGUUCUUUUGCUGUCUACGGUGAGCUUACACUCGUUUAUUUGGUUGUUAAUUUAUUGCCGAUUUUAUUCUUGAUUUUUUUGAUGUAUCUGACAGCCACUAACCCCUCGCCAUCGUCACAGAACCUCACUUAUCCCACGUCUUACAUACAUAAUCACUCGAAAUGGCUUUGAAGCGAAUUAACAAGGAACUCACUGAUCUCGGACGUGAUCCGCCCUCUUCCUGCUCUGCUGGUCCUAUCGGAGAUGAUUUGUUUCACUGGCAAGCAACUAUCAUGGGUCCCAGCGACUCGCCAUACUCUGGUGGUGUCUUUUUCCUAGCGAUCCAUUUCCCGACAGAUUAUCCCUUCAAGGCCCCCAAGGUCAACUUCACCACUCGCAUAUACCACCCCAAUAUCAACUCCAACGGUAGCAUCUGUCUGGACAUUCUGAGGGAUCAGUGGAGUCCUGCUCUUACAAUCUCGAAGGUCCUUCUUUCAAUCUGUUCCAUGCUUACAGACCCCAACCCCGACGACCCGUUGGUGCCUGAGAUUGCCCACGUGUACAAGACAGAUCGUGCCCGAUACGACGCCACGGCUCGAGAAUGGACGCGCAAAUAUGCCAUUUGAUUGACGAUACGACAUUUACUUCUCAAAGAUCAAUAAUCACUGCAUCAAUCGGAUCGACAAAAGUUGAAUCGAUCUCGUUACGGCCUAUUCGGUUUCGUGGUCUCAUGUCUUCUUUCGUUCUGAACUGAAAGUAGACAUGCAACGAUCAUAGAAUUGCAGAUCGGAGAUAUGUAGCCUUGGCGUACUGUGGUGGUUUUGGAUCUUUUGUUUCUUUCUUCUAGUUCAUCUUCAUAUUUGCGUCGGGUUUCCAUUCUCUGAGUCUUUCGUCCUACGAGUUUUUAUGCAAUCAUCAUGACAUGACAAAUCAUUCAUCGGCGGGAUGUCGUUUAUCAAGUAUUAUCGAGUAUUAUUAAUCUUAUGAAAUUGUAGUGGUAGAGUGUCAAAAGUAGAUGUAUUCAUUACACGUGAGAGAGUAUGAAGUUAAUACACAAGUCAAUCAACCUAUUCGCCGAAAUCAAUGUAUGCAUGUAUGUAGUUUAUCUGUCCCGUGCUCCAAUAUCAGAACCUUCUGAAUCAGUUUGUCGUAAGUAUUCUUGAAUCAUGAUGCAAAUAACCGAACACCAGCACUAAGAAAAAGAAAGAAAAAAAAAAUAGGUAGAUGGAGUAAAAAUUAAUAUACCCUCGAAGCAGAAUGCGACUUCUUCGACAUCCCACUAACCCUCGACGAACCCUUAUGAGCAGAAUGAUGAGAACUAUGCCGAUAAGAAUGAUUACUCGACACCUGACUGAUACUAUCACUCGGUUUAACGGGUUGAUCGAAUUUACUUCCUGUUUCGGCUGUCUCUCGUUUCGAUGCCGACGAUACAUGGGAUUGGGAGGAAGGACCAGAUCUGGAGCGAUGCGAUCGU